AUGCUGGUUUUCAGGGCUUCCAGCAGCCCGUCAUCCACUAAAACCCCGGUCGCCCUCUCCCCAGCCUCCUUGUGCCGCUUUCAUUGGCCCACCGUCAGCGAAUUUCCCCUUGACGUCUGGUCCCUUCGUCGCUUCUUUUCUUUCUUUUCUCCUUUGACCAUCAACGACUCGAGCAAUUCCUUUGCCCGCUGCCGCUCGAUCACCCACUACGACGAGUCCGAAACCGACGACGACUUCACAGACAUCACCUUCUUCGACCCAUCACACUCUCUUAGCAUUGCCGAGAAGAGCUUAGCGACAUCCCGCAAUCGUCGCAUUCCUUCAUUCUCUGUUUCGGGCUCCGUCUUCCACCAGCACCCGCUCCGUGCACUGCCCGUUAGCGCUCAACCUCAACCAGAACUUCAGCGUCAAAAACAUAUUCAACGAGUCGGUCGCGGCCUCAGUCUUGCCGAUCACACCUCGACUCACGUCUUCCCAGGCCGAACCGCCGACGGUCGUCAACCAUCCGCGUUUCAUCCUUCGCCUUUUCGACCUCAAAAGGCUACUGGAACUGCGCAUCGCGCUCGUCGACUGUCAGCCGCUCGCCUCUGGAAUCCUACCAACUCGACUCCUCGGCCUCACACCAAGCCCGAGUCAUCACGCAAACGUCGUCCGUCGACUCCUCCUCCGCCGUCCAUUCCGUUACUGCAUCCUACCUUCGACCAUCGAGCACCUCCUGAUUCCCUAGGCGCCGGGCCCAGCGAUUAUCCUCUUCUCACACUCUCUGAGCAGCAUCAAAUCAAGCAUUCGUUAUCGCCCCGUGCAAGUCUUCAAGUUGAUAGGGCGGGAAGUAGUGACCGACGGAUAAGUCUACCGAACUCGGUGCGUGCGUCUUACGACGAGAAGGGAUCGCGACGAGGUGCAGUGUCAGCUGAAGAGUACCGUCUUAGUCGGGAACUUUUGGCCCAAGGUUCUGUUGUGGAACAUCCAGUCGUCAAGAUCGAUAAGGGCAAAGGGAAGGCUGUAAUGAUGCCUGAAAAUACCGAUCCCAUGCCAUCAUACGGCACGGACUUGGAGCGUGGACCAGAUAUUAUGGACCCGCGAAUGUCCAAUGUGUCAGCUGGUGAUGGAAUCGGAUCUGCUUUAUCAACGACAAACUCGUCCAUCAUGGGCGAAGAGGUUGAGCCGGAUGCAGCCGGUGAAUGGGGUCCUCAGCAUCCCUGCUAUCCGCAUCGCAACCCUCAUGUACCUGUCGAUUCGCCCGAAUACACCAGCACACGGAUUAUCCGAAUACGUCGCGACUGGUUGAUCAAAGGUGACCUGGCACCCACAUUUUCCAAUCUCUAUCCUGAGAUCUUAGACCCUGCUGGCUUGUCUGAACAAGAAUUCCGUCGCAUCAUUGAGAAGCUCAAUGGAGAAUUGGUUCCCGCCUUCGAUCCGUACAGCGCGAGGAAUAUUAUCGAUAGUCUGCUUGGACUUGUCACUGGUUGGGUCUGGGAUGACAUGGGUCUGACUGGCGCCAAAUCCAGGCUGAACAACCUCGAGAAAUGGAUAGAGCAAUGGAAUUGUGAGAUGGAAAAGACCAUGGGCGCUGAGGAUGGUGUCAUGCCACCCAAGAUCAUGCCCCUUCGUCAAACAGGUUACAUGACACUUGACAUUCAAAUCCCUGAUCCUGAGAUCAUGCCAGCUCCCAGUACCGCCAACCCCAACGAAUCAAGGACAGCCUUACCUAUGACACCUUCAUCUGCUAUUGUUGCUUAACAUUCACUUCCGCAUUUUACAAACUCCUUCAACUGAUCGACCGACCGACAGCUCGUCAGUUUUCUUUAACGUUACCUUCUUUAAUUCCUUGACGACGAACGAGGCAGCUCCUUUGAUGAACAGGACGUCUCUGAACGAGUUCCGCCAAGUCUGUUUAUACCCUCACAGACUUGGGAGAGAUUAUUCCUUUUACCCAUCUUGAUACCACUACACAUCGCAUGGCGUUUCUCAUUGGCUUUGUAUUUUCUUGCACAGUAGACCAGCCCCAGGUUUCUUUCAUCUGAACUGGCACAACCUUUUCUUUUUUUGUAUCAUGGAGAAAUGAUGGGUAGAAAAGUUGUGGCGGCGUUGGAUCCAUCAAACUGACAGGAUCAUGUCCGGUGCCUCUCAACUGGCGACGCGCUCUAGAUGAGACUGCGUGCGGUGCUUGCUUGGGAGGAAGUUGCUUUAAUUUUGCUUAAUUGUAUCAUCAUGUAAUUUCUGAUAUGACAUAUUCGUCUA